UGGGAGCAUGUACAGAUAAAUGUCAAAACAUUUAGACAAGAUGGACGAGAACAGGUGUUAUGGACUUCUUGUACCCCAACUCGUCGAAGGAGUGGAAGAAGGAAAAGCCCGGUGACCACCCUGAAUAACAAAGCUCCAAAAUGACAGAAAGUGUUAGAGUGGCCCCGCAGACGGCUAAAUUCAUGGCCUUCCGUUCCCAAAAGGAAAUGUUUGAAAAGAUGGAGGAGUCUUUUAAAGUGUGCACGCAUUGUGAGAAGACCUCAAAUCAGCUGUCAAACCCUCAAAGUCUUAAGCGCUGUUCCAGAUGUUUGAAUGUUUAUUACUGCUGCAAGGAGUGCCAAAAGGAUGACUGGCCCAAGCACAAAGGAUUCUGCGCCCAGCUGCGUCUCGCUGCCAUCGACAGAGUGGUGGAAUGGCUUGUGUUCAAAGGAGAUCUUCCCUUCCCAACGGACAAAUGGUCAAAGCCCGAAUCCGAGAUAAAGAACUGGGACGACUGGCUCGCCAUGCAGGGUGAUCGCCCUGCUCGCCUGGAACCCAUUUUGACUGGAGCGAACAUGAAGGCAUUGUGGAGCGAUGCAGGCAGGCCUCGACCUGAAGAUGAAGACUUGAAGGAGUCUCUUUGGAGGGUCUGCAGUGAGUUCUUCUCCAGGCCUCUUACCAUCGCCUGGGGCAUGAGGCUGUUCGGCCUGAACCCUUAUUCCAAACCUCUCACCAUCCACCUGGUGGGAGCCGGCCAGAGCGAGACUCUAGCGGCAAAGUUGACGGACUAUGACGAGCUGAACAAGAUGUUCCCAGGACACCAGGGGAUAGAAAUAGUCAUGGUGGGACCGGAGGUGGUCAACGGGCCCAUCAUGAGGCCUCCUCUCAGAGCCUUUGGGCCGAGGCAGAGGGUCUACAUCAGCGCCUACAAGGGCCUCUACCAUCAGUUCUGGGAGGAAGUGGUCGAGAACGAGGAAGCGGCCAAACCGGACUUUGUGGUCGGAUUUCAUCCCGGGUUUGAUGCCAGUCAGAAUUUGGAGCAGGGUUGGCUUCCAACACUUCUACUUCUGAGGGAUUAUGAGAUUUCUUCUCUUUUCACUACUCUGAGCGAGGCAGAGAUGACCUACUCCCUGCAGAUCCUGCUGGAGUUGGAGAUGGACAUGAAGGGAAGUGGCGCCAACCCCUUCGCGUCACUCAAACCAGAAGUGGUGGGCUCGUGUCCCAACAAGCCGCCCGUCUACUGGAACUCGCACUACUUUUGUUUUCGAGGUCUACUGGAGACUGCGGAGUUUGAGGAACCAGAAGAGGCUUAAAGGCCACAGAUGUUGUCUAUGCACUUCCUUUCUACAUGUAAAAUACUUCAUUGUGUUGCUUGUAAACAUCUACUAAAGCAAACACAAUGAUUAUUGUUGACUUGUCAAUUCUUUAAAAAGUGAAAAUUCUUGUUAGUGUAAAAAAAAAAAUUAUAAUAAUAA